AUGGGUGGUCAGCUGGUCAAGGAAGAGGCCAAAACAAGGCUGAACAGGAUGGUGAAACUCCUUCAGACAGUGAAGGGGGAAGUUGGUGCAGAGAAGGGGAAGCCAUUGGACAAGGCCCUCACUGACCUGAAGAAGCUCUUGAAGCGAGGGGGCAAGAUGACCAUGGACCAGGCCAAGCAGCAUCUCUUUGAUGCAGCCUUGGAGAUCAAGAAGGGUCCUGCCAUUCAAUCUUUGGCCUUGGCUGCUGUGAAACCUGGCGCUGAUGCAAAUGACAUCCAAGAGAUUGCCAGCUUGGGCAAUUAUGGCAGGAAUUCAAACCAUAUAGCAGGGCAAUUGACACACAAAUAUUGUAAAGAUGAUACAUUGGCUAUCCCAAUGCCUUAUUUCUUUGAAGCCCCUGUGAUGAAGAAAGGUUCUGACUCCACCUAUCUGGGCAUGGCUCAGCUGGCUGUAUUUCUUCCACAUGAGUGGUUCUGUUGGAUGGAGGGUCAUGGCCAUGUAUCAGGAGCAUCAGAGAUGGAAGAUUUCUGGGCAGCGCACUUGGAUUCAGACCCAAAAUUGACCCACAACCCAGUGAUGGCAGAGGGCAAAGAAAAAUUCCUCCCCCUGGCCUUGCAUGGGGAUGGAGGGCAAUUUCAAAGAUGGGACAGCAUCAACAUUGUUUCAUUCAGGUCACUGCUUUCUGCUGGGAAUGUUGGUACCACCCAAAUGCUCCUUGCCGCCAUUCCAAAGAGUUGUAUUUCAAAGAGUGAAGUUCCAGAGCAAGACACCAUGUCUUGUGUUUGGAAGGUCCUUGUUUGGAGCUUUGAGCAUUGCUUCUUUGGAAAAUUCCCAGAAAGGAACCAUGAGGGAAAGAAGUGGACAUCUGCAGACAAGCAAAGGCAAGACAAAGCUGGGCUGCCUCUCCAGACCUCCCACACCAAGGCUUGUCUAUUUGCUGUCAGUGCUGAUGGUGAAUAUUUGCAAAAUGAAUUCAGGCUGGCUGGUGCUUCCCGCAACAAGAUGUGCUUCAACUGUGAUGCUGAUAAAGAUUCCCUGCCAUACAAUGAUUUCAGGGUUUCAGCAGGCUGGAAAAAGACUAUCAAGAAGCAUGAAGGUGCAACCCCAACAACACACCUGAUCAAAAAGAUCCCAGGUUUCAAUGGACAUUCCUUCCACUAUGACACCCUGCACAACUUAGAGGAAGGAGUUGCUAGCCAUGCAUUGGCCAACACAAUGUUUGAUUUGUGUUUGAAGUCUGAGGGCUUGGGUGGGACACAGGAUCAGAAUGUUGUUUCUUUGUACAAGAAGGUGCUACAGCAGUACCAUGAGCAGGGGAUCAUUGCAUCAGAUCGAAUAAGGAGACUGGGCAUGUCAAAUUUUUGCCAGCCCAAGAGCAAGUAUGAUCAUUUUCCUGAGCUCACAGGAUACAAAGCUCGACACAUAAGAUAUCUUGUGCCUGUGAUCAUGGAGAUAGCCAAGGAGUUCAAGAAGGAUGAUGAUGAGUACAGCCAGCACAGGUUCCAAUGUUUAUUUCACCUCAAUGGCAUGUACCAGUGCAUUGACAGCUCUGGUAUGCACAUGGAUGCCAACACUUGGAAGCUGUUCAAGCAUCAUACAGAUCGCACGUUGUUGCACUACUCCAGGCUCUCCAAGAUCACCAUGCAAGAUGGGUGGUUGCAAUGGAGUACAGUCCCCAAGUUCCAUCUGGUGGCUCACAUGCCAGACCAAGCCAAGUAUUUGAACCCCAGAUUUGUUUCAACCUAUGCAGGAGAAACAAUGAUUGGCCAUAUGUCCAGGUGUGCCCACUCUUGCUUGAAUGGCACACCUGCCCACCUGGUGCCAGAGAAGGUUCUUUGGCGCUUCAGACUUGGGUUCCACCUCAAGUUCUUGCAUGGCUCAGGUGAAGUUCCUACAUCCAGUGAUGAAGAGUAA